AUGGCCUCGCUAGCCUCCACCUCGCCCCUUCUACACUCGAACCAGUAUUCUUCUCGAUCCUCCAAUCGCCCUGAUACUCAACACGCGUCGCCCGCUACUCAGAAUACUCUACAGAAACGUCCUUCGCCCCCAGGUCAUAAGCAGCACCCGAGCAUUACUUCCAACCCAAGUCAAGACGCUCAACAUCAGAUACCCUUUCCAGACCUGCCCGACACCGUCGAUGAUUUCUCCACGGCAGACCAGUACGCAUAUGUUGCGCCUGCAGAUCUGAUGUCGGCCGCAUACGUUGACAAUAGCUUCGGCACCACGUUCGAGGAUUUCAUGACCCCAGAUUAUUCAACAGACAACCAUAUCAGCGAGCACACGACUCCGCAAGAGGCUAUCUGGGAGCAACAAUUCAACAGCCGACACUUUGUAUCUGACUCUUCACACCCUCAUAUCCUGGACGGGAGCUCCCAGAAUUCAGAACACGCUUCGCCCCCAAACCCAACCAAAGAGCUCCAGAGCAUCUUCUCCGCGGCCUCAACCCAUUCACCUCAAUAUAUCUCGGGCGCUCAGCUUCUGAGCCCCCGGCUCACCACUCCCAGCCCUUCGAGAGUGGCAGAACAGAGGCGCACAUCGACUGAUCGACAAACUGAUUCCAUGGACCGUACUAGCAAGAAGCGCGGAGCAGAGUCGUUGCACGUAUCAACUGACACGAACUCAUUAUGGCCUCAGCGGAGCCACGGGACUCACCAACCUGGACAGUCCCCAAAUCAGAGGCCUGUCAGUCCUGUCAUUAUUCUGUCGUCUCAUCCACAGGGUGAUUCCCCAGCUCACGCAAGUCCUCCACGUAAUCGAAGUCUGAGUCGGUCUCAUGAGAGUCCACUGCACAAUCCCGUUGAAGCUGAGAGCAACCAAAACUACUUCGCCGCGACACAGUCAAGUCUCCUUGCCCCUGGCUACCUCGAUUCCGGAAGCUUCGAUGAGUCGAACGAGCGCCUCGGUCUCGACCCAACAGAGCGAGGGGAUGCCGAAGUGCCAACCAUAAAUCAGCUUGCUGAUAAUCGACAGCGGAAGGAGCGUAAUUUGGAGGUCGAGGAAUGGCUGCACACCUGUAGCCCCGAUUUGCACCCAGGAGAAGCCGCAGUUCUGCGGCAGAUUCAAGCCGAUCGCCCCAGAGCACAUUCGACUGGCGUCAAAGUAGACUCAAUGGGCAUUCCCAUCUAUUCUGACAGGGGCAUCCCUGGUCCUGGUGUUCUUGUCGAUGAGGAUAGCGAGGAUGAGUAUUCCGAAGACGAGGAGAUCAGUGUGCUGGCCUCGUCAGACGAUGGAAUACCGUUGUCUGAAUCUCCACCGGUCGAGCAGGACGAUCUGCGAAAUCAAAAGGACGAUAUCGGCUAUUUUCCUCCUUACGAUGAAGACUCAAUUCCGCCGGAGAUGCAAGAGCCUCACCCAAGACAGUUCUACCGGCGCGGACCAUGGCAAGAUCCUCCCCAAGGUCCUAUAGUGCACGAUAAGAGCCAGCCUUUCUCUUCCAACUCGGCGAUGAUGAGAUUCAACGAGGAGGCAGCAAAGUGGGAAACUGCAUCACGAGCAGCCACCUGGGGUACUCGACGCAGACUGAGCGACAGUGAAGUCCAGUCAAUUGUUGACGGAAGUCGUGUACGUCACAUGUCGCUUGUCAAACGUGGUCGUGCUCGCGGCAGCACUAUCCUGAAAAGGGCCAAAGACAAAGCCAAUGACCUCAUCCCACGGCGAAGCAACAGCAACAUCAAGAAGGCGGCCGAAGCGCAGCUGAGCCCGGAGGCUGUGCAACUUGUCGAGAGUCCCCAACCUCGAGAGUCGCUCAGCUCGAGCAAGCCACUUCAGCGACUUUCGAGCUUUGGGAAGUCCAAAUCGCCUCCGCUCGACACUUCGAGCGCCAUCAACGCAAGUGCGUUGGCCGCCAGCGGUGGAGAAGCUGUGAGUGCAGACUCUGCCAAGGUCAAAUCCGAAGGGUUGCGUAGCCCACUGCAAAUGCUUCGGAAAGCACGCAGCAAGAGCGACGUAGGCAAGUCUAGUGCCAAAUCUUCGCCUGGUCUUCAGGAGCUUAUGACACAACACGGUGGUCCUCCGGUCCCAAACUUGGCUUCGCCUGCAGGCCCCGUGGCCGUGUUACACAGGCGCAAUACCAAUGAUGCUAUGGACGACGACGACGACGAUCUGGACGAGGAAGGCAUCAAAAUGGAUCUUAACAUUAAAGCUGAGACGAUCAUUCCCAAUUUCGAGGGCUUCAAACUGCACGCACGACAACUUAACCCACGCCUUCCGCCUUACUUGAUCGAUCGGAUUGGGCAGGAGCAAGUUCGCCGCUACAAGAAGUUGGUCGAGAACCGGGUGAAGCAUGUGAGAGCUGUACAGAACAAAAUCUGCCCUUCCAAGCACCGCUGCUUCGAGCUGGGUGGCGACGCUGAGCUGCUAGCGCCUCGACAGAGCACGAAAGAUCCUGACGCAACGUGUGCCCAGUUCUCCAUCCCGAAUACUACUGACGGCGACGCUGAAGACGGAGAAUACGAAGACGGGGUCGUGACGCCUGCUCUGUUCCCCACCGGCAUUCCUUUGCCGCCCGUCAAGCGAAUACCAGCUGAAUUUGAAUGUUUUCUGUGCUUCAAAGUCAAGAAGUUCCACAAACCAUCAGACUGGACAAAACAUGUGCAUGAGGAUGUUCAGCCUUUCUCGUGUACUUUCCCCAACUGUGGUGAGCCAAAGAGCUUCAAACGGAAGGCCGACUGGGUGCGCCACGAAAACGAACGCCAUCGCCGAUUGGAGUACUGGAGGUGUAGCGUUCAAGAAUGCAGCCACGUCUGCUACCGCAAAGACAAUUUUGUGCAGCACCUGGUACGCGAGCAUAAGAAGACGGAGCCCAAGGGCAAAAGUAGGGCUGGCAAGGCUAGAUCGGGCGCCGCCACGCAGACCGAAGACAAUGAGGUUUGGCAGUUGGUGGAAGCAUGCCGUUACGAGACCAGCACCAGACCCCGGGACGAGCCGUGCAGAUUCUGCGGAAACGUAUUGAACAGCUGGAAAAAGCUCAGCGUUCACAUGGGUAAACACAUGGAGCAGCUUGCAAUGCCAGUACUGGAACUCGUCAAUCUGAAGCAAGUGACGGCAGAUACGAUCAUCAGCCCCAUCGAGCAAAAUCAACACAGGACAUCAAAUCCGAACAUGACAGUGCCGAGACAGACGAUGAGGGGCCCAAUGCCGCAGGCCAUGUCCAUGGCAGAUUCGAACACGUACAUGGCACUGCCGAGCCACAUGACAGUGAGCCCAGCGAUAUCGCAUCACGAUCCGAGCUUGUCGCCCUACUCUCACAGUGUCCACUCUGCACAUAACUCGUCGGCAGGGCACUCCCCAGCGAUGACGCAAGUACAUGCGCAGAUGGGCCCAUUCGGCUACGGCCAGUAUUAUACAGGGCAUGAAAUGAGCACACCUGGACACGGCUCCAUGUCGCAAAGUGAGGCGUAUGUGCAAGCCGAAUCAUACGCUAACAGUGCUUAUCCCACGAGCGGCAUGUCGGUGCCGAACCAGUAUGGCGGAAUCAACAACCAAGUCAACCAGUCCUAUGACAGUGGUCAUAGCAUGCAGACACCGAUAUCGGCACAGUCGAUGCCAACAACGCUGGGACCCGUGAGCGGCGGCGGGUUCGGCCCUCAUGAUGCUGCGUACGCACAUGGCAGCAGCAUGGGCCCGUACGAGCAAUACCCGCCAACGUCUCAAGCAAAUGGAAGCUUCCAGGACGGAACGCAGCAGACGGAUCCAAAUCAGGACUAUGUCUUGUCCAAUCAAUACGGCCAGCAAAACAACAUGUACUACCAUUAA